AUGCACACUCUCCGUUUCCGUUCACUGGUCACCUCCACGAGCGCUUGGCUAAUCAGCCACCAUCGGUCCACCUGCGAGGGAGAUGGGACUGGGAUUGGCGACACGAUUCAGCCAUCCUGGGUCACGGACUGGGAUCAAGACCACCCGCACGCAGCCCAAGGGAGCCAGGGCCAGAAAUCGAAGUACUCGCGACACAUCAUCCUGGUGAGGCACGGACAAUACGAAAAGGCGCCGACCAGCCCCGACCAUCUCACCGACCUGGGGCGCGAGCAGGCGAAGUGGACGGGAAAGCGUCUGCGGGAGUUCAACAUCACCUGGGACCAGGUGGUGGUCUCCACCAUGACGCGGGCCCAGCAGACAUCGGCGAUCAUACUGAAGGAGCUCGACGUAGAUCCCUGCAAGGUAGUCAAUAGCGACGAGCUGCGCGAGGGAGCUCCGUAUUUCGCAGACCCCCCAACGAAGAGGAGCCCGCCGAAGCAGGAGGAGGCUGCAUUUUGCGAAAAUAUCACAUCAUUUGCAUCCAGACAAUGUACUAGUUUUACCCAAUACAGGCUCUCACUGGCCAGAAACGUGACUUUCCGGCACAUUUUGCCCAAACCGGAUGGGCUGCAGCUGCGGCUGCAACUACGCUCCUCCCCGCCCGCCAACCCGACAGCCCGCCAGCCCGCCAGCAAGCUGGAAAACCACUUUAACUUUGGCCAAAAUCACUUUACACACUGUCGUUUUGUCUCUGCUCAUUAG